AUGGCUGGUGUAGAAAGUAGGAGUUGGCCAGUUGGGAAGAAAAAGGCGAUGGGUGGCGUUAAUGCGCCAGUGCUCUUCUAUCUCAGUUUUCUGGUCAGUGUGGGGCCUACCUACUCUCUCCCAAGCAAGACAGCUAUUACUCUCACACUGCUUCUGGCCCCACCCCACUUUGAAGCUCAUUCAUGGCUUCUCUCUACUCUGUCUCUAUCUCUCAUAUCUUCCUGUUUUCACAAUGUCUCCUUUAUUUUCUCACAUCCGCCAAACCAUUCUCUGAGAAAUUCCAAGGCUGAUGCUUGCAAGCUGAGUCUCCAUAUAUGUUGUGGCAGCACGUUAACUUAUCAUAAAGAUCCAGUCUUGACGAUUAAACAAGAUUCUAUGUUACCGAUGAUCUCUCCUACAGGGACUCCUCAGCCCUUUCUUCCCCUUCUGGCUCCUUCACCACUGGCACCGUUCACAAAUACCACUGUCCCAAAAUUAUCAGGACUCUGUACGCUAAACUUCAGUGUUGCUGAGAGUUUGAUGAGUGUGACCUCAGUUGAUUGUUGGUCGGUUUUUGCACCACUGCUCGCUAAUGUAAUUUGUUGCCCACAGUUGGAAGCCACUCUCACAAUUCUCAUUGGUCAAUCCAGUAAAGAGACCAAUGUUCUUGCUUUAAAUGGGACGGUUGCUAAACAUUGUCUAUCAGAUAUUGAGCAGAUUUUGGUGGCCCAGGGUGCAAAUGACAGUCUUGCUCAAAUAUGCUCGGUUCAUUCAUCAAAUCUGACUUAUGCAUCUUGCCCAGUCAUUGAUGUUAAUGAGUUUGAGGAUACAGUUGAUACUUCCAAGUUGCUUGCUGCUUGUGAGAAGAUUGACCCUGUGAAAGAAUGCUGUGCUCAAACUUGUCAAAAUGCCAUAUUAGAAGCCGCUACGAGGAUCGCAUCAAAAGCUUCUGAUCUUUUGAGCACGGAUGGUGCUCACGAUAUCUUACCUGAUGGAGUAAGUAAAGUCAAUGACUGCAAAAGUGUUGUCCUCCGGUGGCUGGCAAGUAAACUCAAUCCUUCUCAUGCAAAGGAAGUUCUAAGGGGACUAUCUAAUUGCAAGAUUAACAAGGUUUGUCCCCUGGUUUUCCCCAACAUGAAGCAUGUUGCAAUGGGUUGUGGGAAUGGGAUAAGUAACCAGACUGCUUGUUGUACUGCCAUGGAGAGCUAUGUGUCCCACUUGCAAAAGCAGAGUUUCAUAACCAACUUGCAAGCUUUGGAUUGUGCUGCAUCUCUGGGCAUGAAGUUAAGAAAAUCAAAUAUUACUGAAAAUGUGUACAGCCUAUGUCAUAUAAGCCUCAAGGAUUUCUCCCUCCAAGUUGGAAAUCAAGGUAAUAAACUUGGUUGGUUUGUAUUGUCCAAUUAUAUUAUACAGAAAGAACUGCUUAGCAUUACCAGAAAGGUUCACUGUAGCCGAAAGAAGAAAUUACACCUUUUCAAUUUGUCUGGAUGUCUUCUGCCGAGCUUGCCUUCCGAUGCAACAUUUGACAGUUCAGGGGUCAGCUUCCUUUGUGAUCUGAAUGAUAACAUUCCAGCUCCCUGGCCCACCUCUUCUCAAGGGGCAGGUUCAUCAUGCAGUAAAAAUGUCAAGAUUCCUGCACUUCCUGCAGCAGCAUCUGCUGAAAGUGGUCUGUACAAUGAUGAUGUGAUGCUUUCUCUACUCCUUGCUUCUGGGGUGGUCCUCAUGAUGGUUUUGUAA